CGAAUGCUCGCUCCAUAGCGCCAAGCAACAAUUCAAGUCAGUCCAAAUUGAACUGUCUUGGCGUGUACACCAGUGCUUGGAAUAUUGCAAAAUAAAGAAAACUUGUUGAUUCUGCGAGUCUGUUUUGUGUGAACGAAAAAAAAACAACAAUAACAAAAUGAAACAAAUCAUUGCUUUAGUGCUCUUCGCGGCUUGUCUAUUGCCCAGUGGAUACGCCAUCAGAUGUUAUCAGUGCAAAUCAUUGACAGACGCCAAUUGCGCCAAGGACGUCAUCGAUGCCAACUCAAACAUACACAGCGUCGAUUGUGAUGUGGUGCCGAAACCAAAUACUUUGGAUCAAUUGCUGCCUGUUACCAAGUGCAACAAAGUUGUAACCUCUGACAAGGCCGGCAUGAUAAUAUCGCGUGACUGCCACUUCGAAAUAGUGGGUCAGAAGAAUGAUGUUUGCACCGUCUCGCACAGUCGCGAAGUGCAGAGUUGUCACAUCUGCAAGGGUGAUCUCUGCAAUGCUUCAUCGGCUGGUCGCUUCAUGGCUAUUGGCUUGGUGGCGUUACUGAGCAUGGUCGCUAUGCAAUUUGUAUUGUAAAUUUUGUUUUUCUUUGAAUAUUGUUAGAUACAGAAACAACAACAACUUUCGUACUUUUUGAAAUAACAAUUUGUAAAUUAAUAUAUUAAAUAGAUUUUAAUAUGAAAAAACUGCGAGUAUGUAUGUAUAUAAACAAAUGGCCUGUCUCUAAAUGUGUAAAUAUUAUAAUUUAUGUAUAAUUUCUAAAAUUAUU